GGGUAAUACCCUGUACAUGUGCACUCGGUAUUAGUGUUGUUGUUGGAAGGUAUUUUGGUUUUUCUUAUUUUCUUUAGACGGUUAAAACAUGAAUAUCCGCUGUGCAAGGCCGGAAGAUUUAAUGAACAUGCAGCACUGUAAUUUACUUUGUCUGCCAGAGAAUUACCAAAUGAAAUAUUAUUUUUAUCAUGGAUUGUCGUGGCCUCAGCUAUCUUAUGUUGCUGAGGAUGAAAAGGGAAAGAUAGUAGGAUAUGUGCUAGCAAAAAUGGAAGAUGAACCUGAUGAAGCUGUUCAUGGACAUAUCACAUCCUUAGCUGUUAGAAGAUCUCACAGAAGGCUCGGUUUAGCACAGAAACUAAUGGAACAGGCGUCAAGAGCUAUGGUAGAGUGUUUUAAAGCUCAAUAUGUGUCUCUGCAUGUUAGAAAAAGUAAUCGAGCAGCUCUCAAUCUUUAUACAGUGACACUUAAAUUCAGCAUAUCAGAAAUAGAGCCCAAAUACUAUGCUGAUGGUGAAGAUGCUUAUGCUAUGAAAAGAAAUCUUACAGGACUUGAUUUAGAAGAGGCUGUCGCCAGUGUACAAAGUGCAAUUAGUGUUUGCAGUGCUAGAGAAAGCAGCUUAUCAAGCAAUACUGAUUUGUUAGCUGAGGACAACCAUGCCAAAUAAAAGUCUUGAUAGCAAUUUUUAUUAUGCCUUUUAUGCAGCUAAACAUCUGAGAAUACAAUGAAAUAAUAGAGUGCAAACAAAAAGUACUAUAACUCUAAGGCCUAGGGCAAAUGUCGAACCUUCCAUGCACCCAACUUGAUUACGUCAAAGAAUGCCGCCUCAUUAUUACCUGAUAUCCAUUGUUUUUAAUGAAUUCGAUGUAUGGAAAGUUCGACGUUUGCCCUAGGCCUAACAGUGCUAAAUAUUCAGUGUGGCAUUUCUACAUCUCUUUAUAUUACUUCGUACGCUGAAAUUUUAAUUGGAAUUUAGAAAUCAAUUUUUGCAGAGAAUGAAAAAAACAGAGAACGCAGAGAAAACCCCUUAAAGAAAAGUGGAGAAUCAACGAACAACUCUGCUUACAUAUGACACCAAGUCUGGUACAUGAACCUGGGUUGCAUUGGUGAGAGGCGAGCACUAUGACCACUGCCACCUAUGCGUCCAAUAGUAGUCACUGAUUCCAUUAUAAGUUUUCUUUUGUUUUGUAUCGAUUAGGAGAAAUAUUGAUCAUAAGUACUUAUUAGAUUUUGUUUCACAAGUGCCAUCACUCUACUUUAUACGUGGUAGAAAGUUGUAUAAUAUUAGUGAGGAGAGUCGAAGUAAAACAAAAGAAAACAGUGAAAUAAAGCAUGUGUAUGUUACAUCAUAGCCGUCAUCUUGGUUGACGAUAACAAAGCAUUUCUCAUUAGCUUCUAUCGUUUGAUCAACAUGGCAGUUGUUUCAUUGUUAUUCAUAUCUCAAGGGAUUUUGAUUCACAUGGAUGCACACACAGUAUUGGUGUCUACUAACAAUAUAUUAUUACAGUAGUAUUAUAUGGUAAGAGUGAUUUUCCUUUGCCGUGAAAGAAUAGUCAACGUAAUACAUGGUAGUAGACACUAAUUCCAUGUUUUCUUUUGUUUUCCUUGGACUGUUAGUCACUAAAUAUACAACAUUGUUUCACAGGCAAAAUAAAAUCACUAUUUUUUCACAUGCCAUGUUACAGUGCAGACACUCAAACCAUGAACACUUCAAGGUUUUUUUGCCAUUUUUUUGUAACUAUCUAAUCACAGCUCUCUGUAGAAAUGAAGGAAAUAAAGGUGCCAUCAAAUCACAACUAACAGCAAAAAAAUCUUUACGUGUUUUAUUUUUAGCUCACUCCGUGUGAACUAAUGGACUGCUAGAUUGUUGCACAAAGUACUAACUUUCAAUAAUUUACAGAGAUGAAACAAAAAUAUUUUUCAUUGUCGAAGUAGCUGUUAUGAAAUAAUUGAUACAAUUUAUAUUGUAAAUUUUUAAAAACACAAACAGCAACCACAACCCAAGAGAAUCUGAAACUGCACGACAAAAUGUUGGAACCUCUGUAAGAAUCUGGCUUCUGAGUGGAUUAUUCGAGAAAUGUUAAAAUAUCCUUGAAGUGUUCAUGGUUUGAGUGUCCACACCGAAAAUCACUCUGACUAGCAUUACAACUUUCUUUUUUGUUUAUUGUUUGCACUCUAACUUUUUGGUGUGUCUAUCUAGAGUUAAAAUAGACCAAACUAGCUUUCAAGUGUUUUCCCAUUUCAGGCCAUUUUCAUUCCAUUGAAAAUAAGAUUCUUUGUUUGAGUUGCAUCCUUAUAUAUUCAUGUGUCUUAUCAUGCACAACUGUUAAAGAAUGGGAAUGCAACAUGGUUUGAAAUGGAAAAACAUUAUGUCGACCGGUUCAGCACUAAAAAAGCUAUAGGAAGCCUCCAAAUAUACUAGGAACCCCAAUUGAUAGAAGUUGAACUCAUGGUGAGGUGAUGUGUUUAAUGCCAUUAUUGUCAUUAGCAAAAAUGAAAUCAUGUUAUUCCUGCUUUUAAUGAGGAUAAUAUGAAACUAUCAGGA